GUUUCGAGCUAGCGGGAUAUUCUAACUAAAAUUCCCAGUGGUCUCUCGAUGAUAAGCUCGUCGGGAGUCGAUGUCUCGUCUGUUCUUUACCGUUGAGGACCUCAAAAAACAUCUAUUAUGACCAUGCGUGAUUUCGCGGUGUUCCGUUUUCGUUGAAGUUACUACCUGUCGUCAUUGUAAGUGGUCUGUAACCUUCCAUUAUCUUCUUGUGAUUACUUUAUAUGAUCUGGCAGGAUUGCCAAAACUGUAAGUCAUGCGUGGUGCAUGACUACGUGUUCUCCUUUGGGUGAUUCGUCGUGAGAAUGCGGCACUGUCACUUGGUUCUGGUGGGAACUUCACUCUUGGUUCUAUAUAUCAAGACGAUAUCAUCAUGUUGUAUAAUUUAUUGUUCCUGUCUUCCGUUGAUGGUAUCCACCCUUUUAGUGACAGUCGCACUACUUAGUGUAUAUAUGCAUUUUGGGUAUAUUAUCCAAUACUUACUAUCUGUCGUUCCUAUGAUUAGUUCAUCGGUUCUACUGGACCGGGGUCGGACCUCUCGAGUUGAGGUCUCUUUCAGUCAGGUAGAUCGAGUUCUCUCGGUCACGCUUCAGUUGAGCCUGUUGAGCCGUAUACUGUUUCCUUAGAUUCCGCUCAGGACGUGGAACACGUUGCUGGUGUCGGAGAUCGAGGGUGAUGGUUAAAGGCAACUUCGUUUUCUGAGAAGUUGACGGUGAAAUCGUCGCAAACAGACCAAUAGAAUCCGUUGCCGGGGGUUGACAAACUUAUCUUGGUGUAUCCUGAGUUUAUAGUUUUACCUGUAU